AUGACUACCACUCCAGCAUUUACGAUGGUCUCCAAGAGGAAACGAGUCGUUAAGCUAUGCUGCCUCGGAGUACUGUUUCUAACGUUAGCGUAUGCAAUCAUUGUGAUCGAUCCCACCGAAGUGAUUGUUGAAGAUAAACUGUCCAUGUAUGAAGGAUCCUACCUAAACCGCUUGUGGAAGAAACCGCCAUUAGAGGUGUUCAUCAGCAUUUACGUCUUCAACGUUACUAACCCAGAGGCAUUUAUGCGUGGAGAGGAGCGUUUGCGCUUACAGGAAAUAGGACCGUACGUGUACCAGGAGUUUUUGGAACAUCGCAACUCAACCUUCAACCCGAACGGUACGCUUAGCUUUGUACCUGUUCGGCGUCAAGUGUUUGUACCAGAGCGAUCCGUCGGAGAUCCGAUGGAAGAUCGGAUUAUGAUACCGAACAUAGCCUUGCUCGGUGUGUCCAGUGCAGCCUAUCGCAUGUCCACUUUUGCCGCAUUUGCAGUAGCUGCUGCUCUAAAACCACUCGGCAUGUCACCGAUUCUAAACAUCACUACACACGACCUUCUCUGGGGAUACGACGACCCUCUAGUGAGGAUUGCCUCAACCCUAUUGCCGGAAUUAAUACACUUUCAAAAAUUGGGCAUAUUAGAUCGAAUGUUUGACGAUGGAUUCGAUACGGUAACCAUCAAUUUGCCGGAAUCAGUACGAAAUCAGCAACGGGAAGCGGAGGACAGCAUCAUUGAUGAUGAUGUCUCGGAUGAGUUGGCAGAGAGCCUACAGGAAGAAUAUUACCACGACAUGGUAACGAGAUCGAAACCCGAAGAACCGAUCCGUGACUACUCUAUCGAUGUGUGGAAUGGAUCGCCUGGUCUAGCCCAUUGGGGUUAUGUCGCGAAAGAUCAUUGGGAUGCUGAUAGAAGAAACACACCGUGCAACACACUGCAAGGAUCGUACGAUGGGUCCGUUUUUCCUCGAAAUAUAUCCAAAACGGAAGUGUUUAAAGUGUAUCGUAAAGCAUUCUGUCGCACCUUACCAAUUGCUUUCGAACGGGAAGGAGAAGUGGAUGGCAUCAAGGCAUACUGGUUUUCGAUCCAGGAAAACGCUUUCGAAAGCUCGAUAAACGAUCCAUAUACAUCGUGCUAUUGUAAGAACAACCAGUGCCUUCCCAAAGGGCUGGGAGAUUUGAGUCCCUGCUGGUACAACAUACCCGUAGCAGUUUCCUUGCCGCAUUUCUACAAAGGUGAUCCAACUCUCUCGCAAGCGAUUGAUGGGUUGAGCCCAAACAAGGAAAAACAUGACGCUGUUAUCAUUAUGCAACCGCAACUUGGCAUUCCCAUGAAGGCAAACAUCCGCGUCCAAAUCAGUCUUUUGACGAAUGUGAGCUUCAACUCCGAGCUGAGACCGUUUCACAACACUGUCAUACCGUUGAUAUGGGCGGAAAUGUCGUUGGAAAAACUCACACCGGAGUUAAUUUUGCUGCUUAAUCUCCUGUUUGGAAUUGCACCAUAUCUGCAGACAGGAUUCGUGUGCAUACUCGCAUUACUGGGAGCCUCUUUGCUGGCGACAGCGGUACUAUUAUUGUUAUGCUCUUCGGAAGUAGCUAGUUUUGAGUACGAUCCACGGAAAUCUAUACGAUACUCGACCGUUAAUAUGAUCCCGUAUCCACUAAGAAAAGAAUUGGAAAAAUACGGAGAAACCGAAAUAAUACGGCGUGAACCGCUGCUGAUAGAAAACGGUGCAUGAUGCGUUCCUGGUGGUAUAUGCUAAUUCUAAUACAAGAUGGUGUUUCCAUUAGGCUCGCAUAGGUGAUAGGUGUUAUGGAAAAGAGCAAACGGACUGACAUUUUAUUCUUAUAGAAUAACUGCACUUACAGUUCUUUCAAGUGACUAAGUACAAGUCCUCGAUUCUGUUUCCACACGGUGGAUCAGCUACAAUACACUCAUUAUGUUAGAAUCAUUGUGAUAUACUAUUAUUAGUAAGUUAGUUUGUAAACACUGCAGUGACCAUGUGGUAGGAAAUUGACAACUGUUUUUCAGUAUUUUCCUACCGUUGCGAUCGGCUUGUUUAGGUUGAACAACUGAUGCAGCUGUAGUCAAGCAUAGUAUGUAUUCGUAAACGUAGAGUCCUGUUACACAGAUGUACAAAUAGUUAAUAUGGUGUUAAAUGGUAUAAUGGAAACAAAAUGUAAAUAACA